GUUUCCAAGAAGUUCAGAUACCAGAGCUCCGAGGCACCUUCGAAGAAAAUUCAGAGGUCCGAGUUCGGUGGCAAUACAUCUUGGUUCUUGCAAUCGCAGUAUAUGUAGCGGCCAACUUUACCCAGCAGCGGCAACACGAUCAACCCGCCGAUAGUUUUCCCCGGAACCAAAACCCCUCGCAUCAUCGCUAAACCCCCGGCUCCGAUGGCGACCCUGGGGCGGCGGUUCGUCCUCGCCUUGAUGCUCGUGGCCGUCCUCGCGGCGGCGUUCAUCCCGCAUGCGGCGCUCGCCGCGUCCGGCGGCGUCAUGGGCGGGCGCUCGUCGUCGUCGUCCUCGUCCUCCUCGUCCUCUUCCAAAUACCGCCGCUCGUCGUCUUGGGGCUCGGAAGGAAACUCGUACUACUCGUCGAGGACGACCUACGUGUCGGUCGGCACGCCGGCGCCUCCCAGCGUGGCCACGGUCGCCGGCGAGGGCCCGGGCGCGGUGUUCUGGAUGGUGGCCAUCGGCCUCGUUGUGCUGGUCGCCGCCGCGGCGUACCGCUGCCGCCCGAGGACGACCGUGGUUAAGCUCCAGGUGGCCUUGCUGGGCUGGGCGAAACCGUUUCAGCAGGAGCUGAACGAGAUUGCUGACAGAGUGCGGGCUUCCAACAAGCCUGCGUACAAGCUCAUGUUGACCGAGACCAUAUGUUCUUUGAGCCGUCACAAGGAUUGCUGCGUAUUUUCAAGCUUAUCAGUUGAUGUGAAAGAUGGAACGGAUUCUUGGGAGGAGCAUUUCGAUGAAAUUUCUAUUGAGGAGCGGAGCAAGUUUGACGAAGAAACACUCUACAGCUUGGAGGGAAUUAAGAGGACGAAAGAGUACUCCAAAAAGCAAGAUGGCUCCAGAAACGAAUAUAUAGUGGUAACCAUCGUAGUUGCUGCUAAUGGAGCCCUGGAGUUCCCAAAGAUCACAAGACCCGCAGAUCUGGAAGCAGUAGUGAAAAAACUCAACUCUAUACGCGCAGGAGAUAUUUGGGGCAUUCAUGUUUUAUGGACUCCCCAAGAGGAAAACGACGUACUUACUGAAGAGAAGCUUCUAGCAGAUUAUCCUCAUCUGAGGCCCCAUUAUGAUGACUAGGACGGCGCUUUUUCAUAUUCUUAGAUGCCAUAGUAUAUACGAUCUAUUUAGGAAAAACGUUGUAUGGUAGGCUGGUACUCACGGUCACUUUCUUCAAACUAAAUCAUUUAGAAUUGAGGCUGCCAAUUUCCAUUCAUGUGCAGUAUGGUGUAGCUCAAACUUUAGUUUAUCUGGGUAAUGUGUACAAAUUAGGUUUGUGACUUAUCUUUUAUGUUCCUACCUCUGAUUAUUCAAAAUUCUUUUUAUAGAGGGUCCAUUAUGUUACAAAGUCUGCAUAAACUCUGGGCAAUGUGCCUUCCUAAUUCAAAUUACUUGUCAAUUUA